AGCUGGCUGGGCAGGAUGCUCGAGGCGCCGCCGCGGCAGCCACAUCUCCAACCUCGGCCUGGCGAAGCCGGUCAAAAUCCACGCGCCGCUGGGAGCGCCGAGGCAGAUGCAGGAGGAGGACGUGGCCGCUCGCGGGAGGGAGGGAAGAGGGGAGAGCGAAGGUGCCGGUGGCUCGGCGAGGUUUCCCCUCUCCACCGACCAGAGCAGGAAGAAAAGGUUGAGCCGUCGGGCGGAAAAGUGAGCGGGCGCUCCCAGCUGGAGCCGGGCGGGCUCGGUGGAGACACGCCGGGCCCCGGGCUCGGCGGCGGCGCUCCGGCAUCGGCGGCUGAGCCCGCGCCUCGGAGGAACCGCCCCGGCGCUGAACUGCCCCCCGCUGCGGCCAGCCCCGCGGCUGGCCCGGGCCAAGAGUGGAAAGUGGUGAAGAUCCAGCGAGUCCUCGUCUCUCCCGUCUGCCAGCCGAGGAAAGCAAGUCUCUCCCGGAGCGCCAGCCUCUCCGAGAAGGAGCCGCGGGAGGCGAAGGCGCGGAGCCGGCAGAUCGCGGCCCAGCUCGCCACGGCGCCCGGCGCCGGCUCCAAGGGCGCGCUGCUCUUCCACCGGCGCAAGCAGCGCCUCGACGAGCUCGCCUGGGCGGGAGCCGGCGCCGGCCAUGGCACAGGGCUGCCGCUGAGCCUGGCGCCCGCGGCCUGCGGGGCCCCCGCCGGAGCGCCCCGGCAAGGCGGCAUGGAGGGAGACGGCAGCCCGGGCGCGCGGCGCGACGGGGUGCAGACGGAGGCGUCCCACCGCGAGGAGCCGCCGGCUGAGCCGCAGCAGGUCCCGCUGAGCGUCUACCUGAAGGAGAACAUGGCGUCGGCCGAGGGCGGGCAGGAGCAGGGGACCGGCCGGGCGCGGGGCGAGGCCCCGGGCGGCGGGGAGACGCGGCCCGCCUGCCCGCCGAGCGCGCCCGCCCCCGAGCCGCGGGAGAGCGGCGAGGGCCCGGGCGGGGAGCGGAGCGCGCCCGCGGCCGACGCGGCGGCGGCCGCCCUGGCCGCCGGCAGGAAGCCGAACGGGACGCACGGCAGGCAGUACUACGAGGUGCACCUCACCUUGGCAAAACCCAAGCCCGUGAAGAACAGGACGGCCAGGCCGUUCGGGACCCAGGCGUCCGCGGUGAAAAGCCAGCCUGCGGAGCAGCGCCCGGCACCCGAAGUGCCCCCGCCGCCCACCUACGCGGAGACCCUGACCAGCCCCCCGCCGCUCACUCGGGUCCGGUCGCCCCCCGCGUACUCAGCGCUGUACCCCCCCGGCGAGCAGAAACCUCUCCCCGGCUGCGGAGGCGGCAGCCUGGCCCCCCUACCCAGAACGGGGAUCCUCGAGGAGUCUGUUGCCCGGAGAGCCAACAGAAAGUCCAUGUUCACUUUUGUCGAGAAGCCAAAGUUGGGCCCGAACCCUGAUCUGCUGGAUUUGGUCCAGAACGCAGACAUCAAGAAGAAGCAGAAGGAGCAGGGAGAGGCCGGUGCCGAGGAAGAGCCAUUCGCGCUCGGAGCGGAAGCUGCCAACUUCCUCGCCGGCAGCGCGGCCAGAGGUGGGCAGCACCUCGCACCAGCUGAGGAUGCUCCAGCGUGGUCCUCCUGCCUCAAGUCCCCGACUAUCCAGCCGAAGCCCAAGAUCAAGCCCAGCCACAACCUCACGGAGGCGCGAGGGAAGGGGGCCGAGCUCUUUGCCAGGAGGCAGUCAAGGAUGGAAAAAUUCAUCAUUGAGGCUCCGUCUCAGCCUGACCUGCUGCGGUCCCCAUCGCCCACCAUGUCUCUGCCUCCCUCCUGGAAGUAUGACGCCAGUGCUAGCGUAUCACCCAUGGUCUCCAGGCACCCCAUCAAGAGUCCCUCUAGGCCCUCCAAAACCCCUCCAGCAUCUCUGUAUGGGGGGAGCCUGAUGGAGAAUGAGCUCUCCCAGAAGGAGCUGGAGAUCUCCAAGCACCAGCCUUACCAGCUCCAGUCUUCACUCUUCAUCCUCUCCCCAUCCAAAAGUCCUCUGCGGUCUGUGCCCCGUGGGACGCCGCCACCCAGGCCUGCGCUUCCCGACGCCUAUUCGUACCCGCAGCAGACCUCCUGCCCCACCUCUCCCUUGCCUCCAUCCCCCGUCUGGUGUCGCCCCGUGGGGCCCGGUGCCGGCAGGCCCCCCUUUAGCCCAUUCCCUGCAGCAGCUGGGGUGGUGCCCCUGCCCCACGAGGGCCAGCCCGGCCCCGGGGCCCAGACUGACGUGCCCCUCGCCUCCCCGUGCCGCCUGCUGUCACCCAGAGCAAAGGGAGGCUUCCAGGCGCCCAGACCGUCCUACUCCACCAGGAACGCGGGAAUCGAGCCGCAGGAAAGGCGGCCGUCCCUGCCCGCAUGGACGCCGCGGCGCCAGGGCAGCGCCGACGGCUGGGCGAGCCCGGCCUCGGCGCCCGAGCUCGACGAGGGGCCGCCGGCGUCCCCGCCGCGGCCGGAGGCCGAGCCCACGGCCAGCCGCCGGAUGCAAGCCCGGCUCGCCAGGAACGUCAUCGACGCUGCCCGCAGGAAGAGCUCCUCUCCCAGAGCCCCGGCGCCGGAGGGCUCCCGGCCCUCUGCCCCGCCGGCCGGCCUGGCCACCACCGGCCUGCCGCGCUCCCUGCGGGCGCCGCCGGCCCGCGCCGCCCUGGGCGGCCCCCCCGCUGCCCCCAAGAGCCCCCCGCCGUCGCCCCAGGCCAACGGGCAUGGCUGCGGCGCCAGCCCGCCGGGGCUCGGCACGGCCACGGGCGCUGCGGCUCCCAGGGCCGCCGGCGCCGCCUCCUGCGCCAGCCCCCGGAGCCCGGGCGCCCGCAGGAGCGCCCUGCCAGCGCCCGCGGCCGGCACGCGCCCGCCCGCCGAGCGCUGCGCCUCCCGGUCCCCCACGGACUCGGACGUCUCCCUCGACUCCGAAGACUCGGGGGCCAGGAGCCCCGGCGUGCACGGCUUCAACAUCUGCCCGCGGGGCUGGAGCGGGGGCCUGCGGCUGAGGCAGGGCGGGCUCCCGCCGGGGGCCCCCUGCACCUCCUAGAGCGGCGAGCGCCGCGGCCCUGGGGGCCCUCGCGGCCGUGCCCGCGGCCAGCCCCGGCGCGGGCACCGGCGGCUUC